GAAGCCGAAGCCGAUCGAGCCCUUUUUUCACGUGGGUUUCGGACACAUUCACGCGUUGUUGUUCAGCCGGGACGGAAAAUGAGAGAGACUUAAUUCCAUCGGAAAAACCCGCCGUAUUUCGUCGAGAAGAAUAGCAGCGUGUCAAAGUUAUUAAGAUCACAGCCGAACACAAAUCCACAGAAUGGAGGACGCACAUACCUAUUCGUAUGAGGAUGUCCUCACACAGUUUGCCGUGGAGCCAGAUGUUGGCCUUGCAGAAGGCCAGGUCAAAAACAGCCAAGCGAAGUAUGGUCCGAAUGAACUGCCAGCAGAAGAGGGGAAAUCCUUAUUUCAGCUUGUAAUAGAACAGUUUGAUGAUUUAUUAGUUAAAAUCCUAUUACUGGCAGCCAUUAUCUCUUUUGUUUUAGCGUGGUUUGAAGAAGGCGAGAAAACCAUAACUGCGUUUGUUGAGCCUUUCGUAAUUCUUCUUAUUUUGAUUGCAAAUGCAAUUGUUGGGGUUUGGCAG